CAGUCGAACGCCACCUGUUGUUGAGGGCAAGGGCUCGAGCUCGCCAGGAGGCACUAAUGUAUGCAGCCAUACCCGUUCUUGUCACCUGCAUAUCUUAGUCGGUUGCCGUCCAGAGGCAGCUGUCCCAAGACAAAAAGAUGGCCAUAUCGCAGCUGGCCUGCUCAACAAGAAAUCGGUCCACCGGGCGCAUUGUGGCCUCUGGUCGCCGUCGCCAUCUCGUCUGUGAGCGCGCCGUGGGUACGUUUGACGGCCUCCACCUGCGUCUUCGCCUAUGCUCUGCGCGAUAGAAUAGCGUCCCCACCUUUUGCUGCCAGCCCCGGCGUGUCUCUCCCGCUUCAGAGCGUCAUCUAAUGGGCCCCGAAAUACUCACGACUAUCAUCGCCGCUUAGGGAAAAGCGCAAGUGAGCCGAUCGUGUCUCUCAACCAAAUCCAUAUCGAGCCGUUGAGCCCACCACCCGGCCCACUGCUACCAUCACAACCUGCCCUGCCACGCCCAUCGCCGCCGACCGUGAACCUCAG